ACACUUCCUCCUAGUGUUGGGUCACAUGUGAAUAGCUCAGCCUGGGAUGCCCUAUAAAAGGUGUUCCUGCCUAUGCCUCCUCAUCCACUCUGGUUCUUCAACAGAGUUCCUGUCGGUGUCUCUGAUCAAGGUCUACUGAAUUCAGAUAGAGAUGUCCUGCCAGCAAAGCCAGCAGCAGUGCCAGGCCCCUAAGUGCCCACCCAAGUGUCCUCCCAAAUGUCAGACACCUAAGUGCCCACCCAAGUGUCCUCCCAAAUGCCCUCCCAAGUGCCCUCCCCAGGCUCCAUGCCCUCCUCCAGUCUCUUCCUGCUGUGGUUCUAGCUCAGGAGGAUGCUGUAGCUCUGGGGGAUGCUGUGGCUCCAGCUCUGGAGGAUGCUGCAGCUCUGGCUCUGGGGGUGGCUGCUGCCUCUUCUCCCAUCACAGGAGAUCCCACAGGCGCAGGCACCAGAGGUCUGACUGCUGUGACAGUGGCAGUGGGCGCAGCCAGCAGUCUGGAGGCUGUUGUGGGAGCUCUGGAGGCUGCUGUGGGAGCUCUGGGGGCUGCUGUGGUGGCUCUGGGGGCUGCUGCUGAUCUGAUACCCCAACCUAAGAAGAAAAGAAGAGAUCAUUCAUUGACUCUGCUCCCUUUUCUCCUCACUCCUUCGCCUUCUCUGUAACUGCCUGGAUUUGAACCGUUCAGAUGUUCUUAGGAGAUGGAGCGAAGCAAGGGCUUCAUUUUUCCUCAGGCCACCAGACUUCAAACCAACCUCCUUUUCCUCAUUUACUCUAAGGAACAAUAAAUUUUGGUUCUUUUUUUCUGGUUACAGUUGC